ACUAUUCAGGCCAUCUGCUUCCUUGAUCUUCUGACUGGGGAUUGUUUUCAGAUCGAUCCUCCAAUGGCUGCCGUUGAUGCAACCAAGCCCCUUCAAGACCGGGUUGCCAUCGUUACCGGAGCCUCCCGGGGGAUUGGCCGCGCCAUCGCCCUCCACGUUGCCUCCCUGGGCGCAAAAGUAGUCCUCAACUACACCUCCAGCUCCAGCUCCUCCCACGCCAACCUCCUCGCCGCCCAGAUCAACAAUCCCGUGUCCGCCCCUUCCUCCCACCUACGGGCCGUCUCUUUCCAAGCUGAUGUAUCCGACCCCGCCCAAGUCGUAGCCCUCCUCGACCACGCGGAGCAGACGUUCCAAACCCAACCCCAUAUCCUAAUCAACGCUGCUGGCGUGCUCGACUCCAAAUACCCCACACUAGCCAACACCGCCAUCGAAGACUUCGACGAUACCUUCAACGUUAACACCCGAGGGACCUUCCUUUGUUGUCGGGAGGCCGCAAAUCGGUUGGUUCGCGGCGGUGGGGGUCGGAUUAUAUGUUUCUCGUCGUCAUUGGUUGGAGCACUCAAGCCUGGGUAUGCAGCUUAUGCCGCGUCCAAGGCGGCCGUCGAGACGAUGAUAAAGAUAUUAGCGAAAGAACUUAAGGGGGCUGGUAUCACUGCAAAUUGUGUGGCUCCGGGGCCUAUUGCGACGGACAUGUUCUUUGCAGGGAAGACCGAAGACGUUAUACAGAGGGUGAUCGAUGAGUGCCCUCUGAGUCGACUCGGUGAGACCAAGGACAUUUCUCCGAUUGUUGGGUUCUUGGCCAGCGAUGCCGGUGAGUGGGUUAAUGGACAAGUGAUUCGGGCUAACGGCGGUUAUGUAUAAACCAGCGCUCUCGUGAUCCUUUUUUGACUCUGUUUUGGGCAAGUGAUUCGGGCUAACUGUGUGAGCUCUGGUUCUACACGAAUAAGAAUACCUUACUUCUCGUUGGCACAUUUUGUCGAACGGUUUAUACGUUUAUGUGUUAAAAGCAGAUUUCUGUCAAACAUUUGUGAUUUUAUUUGCGAAUGAACUUUUCAU